UUGGCUUUAUGUACACUGACGAUAGUAAUAAAAUUUGCAUGAUAAAUCAGUUCACGUUUUCAAUUUUCUUAUUGACUGAACUGCGUUGGAAAAUUGCUACUAAUCUCUGCUCAAAAUUGGUGUCAAGAAAGAGAACUUAAGUUUUUGCACUAGUUUUUUAUUUGGACCCUGCGUGAAAACAGAUAUCUAUCGGUGUGGAGAACUAUUGCGCCUCUUAAUCGAGCUUAUUUCAACUUUGACCAAACAAGCGAAAGAGGUACAAAAACAGUAGUAUGACCGAAGGCCAAGGGGUUAUCAUGCUGCAAUCAACCUACGCCAAAAACAACAUAAGUAUUCCUGAAAAUAGAGGAUUUUCAUCGGAGUCGUCAACUCGAUUCGAUUUCAAUUCCCUAAAGCCGAAACCAAAAUCUCCACUGAAAAAAGACGAACACGCGAUGUGUAACUAUAAUUAUUUGAAUAGUAAUGAAAGCAAAAUCAGACGAGAAGCCGAUGACGUUCGACAGUCCUCCGAGGCCUUGGGCACUAAUGCAAGUACAUUGGAGGGUCAAAUUUUCAAUUUCUCUUUAGAUGAUGAAACUGAAUUUAAUAUGCCUAGUUAUGGUGACGACAAACUUUCUGGUCGCAAUUUUACUGUCGGAUUUUUGGAUACAAAUUACCCUUUCUCGCCCGGAAGUAUCUGGAAUUUCGAUGCCAACGAUUCUCAUCCGCAUCUUCUUAAAUCUUAUUCAUGCGCCGCUGGUGGUAAUUUUCUCGUCUGCAAUCCUGAAUCGACCGAGGAGACCGACUCCUGUCCCGUUACUCCUCUGACUCAUGAUUCAGGGAUAUCCGAAGGGGGGCUCUCUCCCGGAUGCCAUUUAACUCUGAGUGACAGUGAGAGUAACAGUGGGGGAGGGGCCGGAGACUGUUUUUCAACCUCGUCCAGCGGGGAUUCCAGUCCAACUUGCUGGCCCUCACUAACAAUGUCGCAGAAAAUGAACAAAGCAGAUAGUGAUAGCGUCGUGAACAGUAAGAUAUCUCACAAUUGCGACAUCAAAAACAAGAAAAACAACAAUUCCAUCAGCCAGAAGAGUGAGAAAAACAUCAGAAGAGGUGAAUUUAUGUCGUCAGGAAUAAGAUUCGGAGGCAGCGUAUCUAGCGAACACGCCACAAUAUCCCCCCUAAGUAGCUCUUGCUCCCCUAUUGCCAAUGGAAUUUCUUCGACAACCUCAUUAUCGUCAUCAUCUUCAUCAUCUUUGCCCCCCUGCUCUAGAAUAAUAGGUGCUGGGGUGGGGACUAUUAUAUCUACAGCUCAUCAUGAUUUGCCAGCAUCUUCGCCUUCAUAUGACUCGUUUCGUUACUCACCUCUGUUCGAGAUGUCAAAAAUGACAACAUCAAUGGGCGAAGAAAGAUUAAAGGAGAAAAAUGAAAACUUCAUCGAAAACGACAAUCAGAUCUUCAAAAACUCAUCAAAAUUGACGUCAUCGCAGUUUGAUUUGUUCUUAAAAUCCAGAUCUACUUUCUUUCCCGUGGGCAAAAUGCCUGCAACUUCAACUGCAUCUGAUAGCGUCUUCCCCAGUCUGACCUCACGUGACCCAUUGGAGGGGGUCAAUGACCUAUUAGAAGACAUGAGUGAAGGGAUAAUGGGAAUGGAACGAGAGCCAGAUAAGGAUGCAAUCAAGAUGUUUGUGGGUCAGAUUCCGAAGAGCUGGGACGAGGAGAGUUUCCGAGAGUAUCUGGAGAAGUUCGGCGACAUGUACCAAUUGAACAUUUUGAGGGAUAAAGUCACAAAUGAGAGCAAAGGAUGUGGCUUUGUGACGUUCUACACGCGUGAUUCUGCAAUUGAAGCCCAGAGAAGUCUACAUGACAAAGUGGUACUUGACGGGAUGACGCAUUGCAUUCAAAUGAAACCAGCUGAUUCAGAGAAUAGAAAAGGUAAGUAG